GUGUCCGAGUCCUUUGGGCGAGCCAGGCGCAGCCGAAGCCCGAGCGGAGGAAGGAAGGAGCGAGCCAUGAGCCCCGCUGGGUUGCAAACCGCUUGCGUUGCCUUGAUGCUGUUGGGCAUCCUCAGCCGAGUCUCCACGAACGAGCGGGGUAAGUGCGGAAGAAAUGAAUUUCAGUGCAGAAACGGAGAUUGCAUCCCUUACAAAUGGAUCUGCGAUGACAGCCCUGAAUGCAGGGAUGGUUCUGAUGAAUCCUUGGAUGCUUGCAAAUCUGUGACUUGCAGUUCAACCCAGUUCAGCUGUGGCGGCCGCAUCAACCGUUGCAUUGAUGUAUCCUGGCGGUGUGACUCAGAAGUGGAUUGUGAAAAUGGCUCAGACGAAGACAACUGCCCUCCGAAACGCUGUGCAGAUCAUCAGUUCCAGUGCCAAAAUGGGAAUUGCGUUGCUUUUGACUUCGUCUGUGAUGAAGAUGAUGACUGUGGAGACGGCAGUGAUGAAUUAGACUGCCGUGCCCCGACCUGCAAUCCCGAAAUGUUUCAUUGCAACAGCUCAGAGUGCAUUCCCAAGCUCUGGGCCUGCGACAGUGACGCAGACUGUAAAGACGGCUCGGAUGAAUCCCCCGCGUUCUGUGGAAUCCAGCAGGGAGCCAAGAAAGCCGACCCAUGUUCUCCACUGGAGUUCCACUGUGGGAGUGGCGAGUGCAUCCACCAGCGCUGGCAGUGCGACGGGAGCUUUGACUGCAAGGACAGAUCGGACGAGGCAGACUGUGGUAAGCAUCGACUGAGCCCUCCUCAGAGCUCUCUGCAAAAGCCACACGUGGGGUUCGAGAUCCUCCGCAGAAAGAGAAGAACUAAUGAAUGCUUGGCUGAUAAAGGAGGCUGUUCCCAUAUAUGCAACGACAAGAAAAUUGGAUAUGAAUGUUUGUGCCCUGAAGGCUUCCAGCUGAUUGAUCAAAGAAAAUGUGAAGAUAUUGAUGAGUGUCUCAACCCUGAUGCCUGUAGCCAAGUCUGUGUGAACCUGCAAGGAAGCUAUAAAUGCGAAUGUAAAGAAGGAUAUGAGAUUGAUCCGCCCACCAAGGCUUGCAAAGCAAUUGCAUUAGAUCUGAUUACGCAUCGCCUCUACUGGGUAGACUCCAAAUACCACUCGGUCUCCAGCAUUGAUGUGAACGGGGAAAACAGAAGGACGAUCCUGGUGGAUAACGAGAUGCUGGCGCACCCUUUUGGCAUUGCAGUCUUUGAGGAUAAAGUAUUCUGGACAGAUGUCUUGAACGAAGCCAUCUUCAGUGCCAACCGCCGAACUGGUUCAAAUAUUGUGAAAGUGGCAGAGAAUCUCUUUUCACCAGAGGAUUUGAUGCUCUUCCAUUCUGUACGGCAACCAAAAGGUGUAAACUGGUGUGAGAAGAAUGGCGUCCCCAAUGGAGGCUGCCAGUACCUCUGCCUCCCAGCCCCCCAAAUCAAUCUCCAUUCUGCCAAGUACACCUGUGUCUGCCCUGACAGCAUGCACCUGGGCACCGACAUGAGAAGCUGCACCCAAGAUCCUGCUACACCUGUUCCCCCACCUGUGGCUGCUACGACAGUGCACUCUGCUAAGACCUCACCUGCAGCACGGCUGCUAUCUACAAGGAAGACUCCGACCCAGAAAACGGAUCACCUGCCUGCAGAUGUGCUGAAUAAUGUUGUUACCAACAUCCCAGAACAAACCACUCAUGAGAUGGUCACUCUGUCCCAGCAAGUCCAAAACGGCAUUGCUGCAGAAACAGAUGGGACAGAACGGAGAGGCCCAUCAGCACUCGCUAUUGUUCUACCUCUGGCACUGAUUAGUCUGGUUUCUUUUGGGAUUUUCCUCAUUUGGAAGAACUGGCGUCUCAAGAACAUCAACAGUAUCAAUUUUGAUAACCCCGUUUAUCAGAAGACAACGGAGGAUGAGAUUCAUAUCUGUCGGAGCCAGGAAGGAUAUUCAUACCCAUCAAGACAGAUGGUCAGCCUGGAAGAUGACGCAGCAUGAAAUUGCCUCCACACCUCAAGUGCCUCUCUCAGGACUUUGCUGCUUAUUUUCUGGAAAGAAGAACACGAAUGGUCUGGCUUCCGUUUUCUCCCAGGCAUCUCAUGCGACUCCCCGGGUGACUUGAUGGAUUGUCCCCACUCUCCUUUGUUUUUGUAAGAAGGAGGGGCGUUUGUCAGCUGCCAUUUUAUCAGGACAUCGAGCAAGUGAUGGCAUUGUUAUGUUUUUUUUCCUAUAUUUAUUGUCGUGCCCAGCGCUAACAGGACACUGGUACCUCCGAUAUGCCCUGGGUCUCCUUAGUCUGACAUGGUAAGAAUAUUUCUAAGUCUGGAAAAAGAGGGAUUCAACAAAGAGAAAUUCUUCUCUGGAUGCGAGUUUGGUUGUGGCGAGGUCUCCCUGUGGAGAGAUCUUCAUGCCCCAAUUUCUUACACGUGAAGCGAGCUUGGAGGAAACGUUGAGAGCCUAAAUCUAAAUUGAGGCAAGAAUUCAAAGUCGCCUAAUCCACUAACUUCUGGAUGCCCCUCUCCUUCCCAAACUAGACCAGAGAAGUUUUAAAAAUGGAUCGCAUCAUCCAUGUUGCCAACAGGAAACACUGACUUUUAUUUUCUAACUCCAAAGGAAAAAGCUCAAGGUAUUUGGAUUUGUUGUGAAUCUCCCUGUUGUUGGUUCAGGGUUGGUGGUUUUCUUCCAGCUUUCCCUGUCCAAUCUACCAUGCACUUUUUUUUUGUUUUUUGGGUUCAGUCUGUGAUCUACGUAGCCUGUAAUCUUGUAUAACAAUAUUUGCACUUGAUUGUUCUCCUUGCCUCUCUGGUCACCUCUGUGCCCAGAAAGAAAGAGGGCGGGGAAAUAAACCAAACCAAUGACACAAACAGGCUGACGGUGGGGAUGAUGGGCUUGUUGCUUUUGCUUGGUGCUGGGCCUCUUGUGCCUUUAGUGCAGAUAAAGAGAAAAGGGCAAUGGACUUGUGCUGGCCAAAAAAUAGGAAUCGGAAGCCAUUUUUUUCAUAUUCCGUCUCGAGUCACUUCUGUACUGUUGCCUUAAUGCUGCAUCUCUCUCUUCUUCAGUGUUACCUUUUUAUACUUGUAUUCCUUCCCUUCCUAAAGGAAAUGUGUUUUUUUUUAUACUGGGAGGGAGAUGCACGAAGGAUUGUCCCUUUCCCACUAAGGUGUAGCCCAGAGUCAAUCUCAUGUACAGUAGGAAGAACUUAUCCUAGAUGGAGUCACUUUUAUAGUUGAAGGCAGCGUCUGUCGCACGCUCUGAAGUGGGUGAAAACUAAGCUUAUUUUCUGAGAUGAUCAAUAAUAUUCUGACCACUUGCUACUUUUAAAAUACUGGCAUUGAUACUUAUGGAGAAGUAGAAUUAGGAUAUAGGAUAUAAAUAUAGAAGGACUGCUAUUAAUACAGCCUUUCUCAUCCCAUCUCAGAAACAGAAUCCUGUCUCCCUUCAGUAAUCUAGCAAUCAUUGUGGCUAGAAUAACCAGUGAGGAUUUUUUGCUCUUGGCCUGACGCUUCUAAUUCCCUUCCCUUUGAAAGGAAAAGCACUAAAAGCAAGGAGAGAGCCCUUAGACUUUGGUCUUAAAGCUGUGAAAGAUGCCAACCUCUUUCGCACAGUAUAAAGUGUGUAAAUAAUGUGUGUGGUACAUGUCAAGGUAUAGAUACCCUUUGCACAAAAGUUGCCUUGUCUAUUUGUAUAUAUGUUCAUAAAAACAUGACUUAUUUAUUUAUAUGUUUAUAUUAUUGAGGUUAUUAAUUGGCCCUUUUUUUUUUCUGUCCCACCUCACGUUGCCGUGUCUGUUUUCAUUCCGUUCCCUUCCACAAAAAACUGCUUUUAGUGUAUCCACGUUCGUGUGAAUGAUGUAAAUUUUGCCCCUAUUUGAAGUAAGCCAGACAAGGUGAACACAGUACAGUAUACAACAUAGACGUUUGUGGAAAUGUACUUCUCAAAGAGAACACAAGAUCUACUUCACAUGGUUUGGACCUUCUCCCUUAGGCUAAUGGUUUGAGUCACAGAUUAUUAUUUUUGCUGCCCUAUACUGGUGCUCUGAAUAGCAUACCUGAUCGUGAGGAACCGAUACCAAAUGAAUAGUUAAUUCUGUCUUCUGCAAUAUUUAUGAAUCUAGUUAACUUAGAAGAGGUAUAUUCCUUUACAUUUAACCGCUUGGCAGCAUUUUCAUAACUAGCUAUGGCGCUGCAUGUUUUUUGUUACUGUCCUCUGUUGCUCAGGUUCUUCUGGGAUAGCAGAAUUGACUCCCAGCUGGAGGCAGCUGGGAAUCGAUUGUUUUCUGCUCUGGCGCCUUUCGCUGUUGCACUGUGAACCUGUAAACUUUUAAUUCUGCAUCACUGUAUUAGAAUUGCAUGUAAGUGAAUCACGACCAACCAAAGUUUCUAAUGAUCAAUAAUUACAGAAGAUUCUGUGUCUACAUCUUCAGAGAAGAACAGAAAAUACAACUUAGGGGCCUUAAAUAAACUCUGAAUGUUUUUAGGGUAUUGUAUUAAGCAUCAUCAUAGAGGCUUUUUUUUUGUUGAAACGGUCAGUUUGAUAAAAUGUUUUAAAGUGAAAUAAAUCAUAAGGUUGAUGAAAGGGGUGCCACCCGUGAGAAACUCUUCUCUCGGAGUGCUAAGCAGCUGCUUUAAUGUUUUAACCUCUGUCAAAGUAAUUGCUUAUUAAAAUGACCUUGUGAAAAGCCUCACCAAUUUGAGGCUGAACCCUCAAAACAGUCUAGGUGUAUUCAGUGGGUUUUCUUGAUUUUGUUGGGUUCCAAAAUCUGCAAUUUUUUUACACAAGCAUCAGUGAUGUGCUAGUGUGGGGAAUGUUAUUCUUUUUCCCUACGGCAGUCUAGAUCUCUGUUCUGAUAUUUCUCAUGCAUCUCUAUGACUCUCCCAAGCUGAAGAACAGAACCUCAGAGUGAAGCUGUAUUUUCAUUUUAUGAAACUAGAAUCUUUUCAGCCUACAACUCAUGAGCCACACACUGAACAAACUUGUUCUGGUCCCUGGAAUUCAGUGAUGUUUGUUAAAUCUCAGUGACUUUUUCAAGUUGAAACUUUUUUUAAAAGCAGAAAAACCUGUCGUGGAAGAAGAUAGUUGGGAUAGUUGGGUGGGAAGAGAAUUACCAGCCUUUGCUUUCGUUCACUUGCCUCUGGUGUGUGUGGUGUAAAGUUGAAGAAUGACUUGGAAUGCAGUGGAUGGCAGGGUUCUCCUUUCAUGCUUCCAUGUGUCGAUGCUACUGCCUUCCUGAUUGAGGCAAAGGAAAACCAGGUUAAGUUAUUUUAAUUGGAUAGAUAAACUGAUUUUAUAUGUAAACAUCUGACAAGUAAAUUGUACCUUUAUGGAUUCAUUGAGCUUUAUUUUUUUAAAUAUUAAACAUGUGUCUUGAAAUUUAUGGGGUAUUUCCCCACAUAUUGAAUGAAUUUAAUAAAUAUUUAAAUACGCUGAAA